UGCGCACCUUGUCGAUCUUGGCCAGCUCCAGACCGUCCUCGGCUGGACGGGAGAAAUAAGAUAGCAAGGGAUAUUCACAUUUUGGAAUUGCAGAACCCUCUGAUGCCUUAUUGAGACAAUGUAUUUAUACAGGGUACCAGCAAUGAAAUUAAAGCACGGACCUAAAACUCCGACACCCUUGGGGCAGGCCAAGUACGAAGCUACCCAGUGGAAGCCUCGCUAACAAUAAACGGCGUCAACAAAUUUCUUUGGUAAAUGCUUCAUUAAAAGUGUGGCAGAACUUUGGCAACAACAACAGCAACAAGAGGGACAACAACAGCGUUAGCAACCUGUAUCAUUUGCCAAGUGCUGUUCGAUGGCAUAGCGACCAUUGUGCGGGUAAUUCCAUCUGGUUGAAUUCGGCUUAUGAGCUGAGCAUGCGCUGGCCACCAGUUGCCGGCAGACGCUUCAAUUCGCUUGUCAUUGGAAAGUUGCUGCUGCGUGACACACAUUUCACGCAUUAGACACGACCCCAGCUGUAGCUGGACCUGGACUUGGGUACUGGGAUCUGGAGCCAGACCAGUUGUUGCCCAGAGACAGUCGAAUCACAAAGCAGCCGCUGCUAGAGCCCGCACUGGAGCCACACUUCAAGUGCAAGUCGAACUUGGGAGUCGCAGUCGGAAUUAGAGUUGGGCUUGAAGCUGCCCCCUUUUGCAUUAUUCAUGCGUGCAACGACCCGAGGUGAAGGAGAAGGAGGAGGAGCAGUAGUAGCGGGCGGGGUAGGAGAAACAAAGAUGACGCUACGCUUAGUCAGCAUAUUAUCGGUGGCAUUAAUUUCUGUGCUGCCCGCACAGUUGGAUGCGUUCAUCACGCAGAAUACAGGCUGUCAUCACAAUGGCACCUGGUAUGCGGACAAAUCGGUGGUGCCCAGCAUGGAGAAGUGCCUCAAUUGUCAGUGCAAUCGGAAGACUCUCGUCUGUCGCCUGAAAGUAUGCCCGGAGAUGCCGAUGCCGCCGCCACGUGGCUGUGUGGUGGUUCAAAAGAAGAACAGCUGCUGUCCCUACCUCUCCUGUGCCCGCUUGGAUGCCUUCUAUAAGAUACCCACCAAGCGACGCAUCAUCGCCUACCUAGAUCACUAUGAGCGGGAGUCCAUCGAUCGUGUGGUCAAUGACAACAUGCUGCAGAGACGCUCGGAUGACUCCGACGUUGACUUGUUUGUGUGCGUAAAGAAUGGAACAGUGUACAAGUCCGGAUCGGCCAUGUCCUCAUCGAAUCUAUGCAGCUAUUGCUAUUGCAUUGGCGGAACCGAAAAGUGCGUCAAGCCCAAGUGCAUGUUGCCUGUGGAGGGCUGCAAGCCCAUUUUCGUCGACUCCACCUGUUGCCCAGUGCGCUACGACUGCAGCAGCAAGACAUCGGGUAAAUCAUCGCAGGAGGUGCGCUAUCGCAAGAAUUCGAACAAGCACUUCCAGCGCAUGUCGCAGCGACUGCAGCGGAAUCGGGGCUGCACCGUGGGCGCCCAGUUCUACGCGGAGGGCCAGAAGAUGCGCUCGGAUGCGGACAGGCCGUGCGACAUAUGCUUCUGCAUACGCGGCACGCGACGUUGUGCGCCCAAGAAGUGUGCGCCGGCGCUGAAGAACUGCAUCCCGGUGGUGCCCAAGGGCCAGUGCUGCCCCUCCAGCUAUGAUUGCGGCAGCCAGCGGGACUAUCGACGCUCGCAGAGCUCGCGCCAAUUCAAUCUUUACAAUCUGCUCUUUGGCAAGGAGGAGCAGGAGGCGGAGGCUGCGGCAGCCUCUGUGCUGAUGCCGCAAAAUACCAUGGCCGAACAUUAUCCGCUCGAUCGUCAUCCCACCGAGCCACCCGUGGGAGAUGCACUGCAGGCGAGCAGCGAGAAGAGCAUCCUGGACACCCUGCGCGAGGGUCUGGAGUUCAUCGAUGGCAACAACAAUCAAAUGCUGGCCAACAACAUGGAUCUGGUGGGGCUACCAAGCACAGCCACCCCACAGCCCCCAGCGAACCUGCCAGCAACCGAGGUGAGCAGCACCACAGAGCUAAGUUUUCUGGACUUGCUACUCGGAACCAGCACGGAGCAUGCAGCCAAACCGAUUCCGGAGUCAACAACCGCUAAGAAACCCUUGUCCUGGGUAGACUUACUGCUGGGUCCCGACGAGGAGGAUCUUGUCCAGGCCGACGCAACGGUGACCGAGGCAUUGGUGGAAACCACCACUGCACUGACCCAACCGACUGAGGCAUCCCUGCCCAGCACCACAGUGCGCAGCAUUGAACGUAUUGCGGAUGAUUUCGAUGAUCAUUUGGCUGACGGCGAGAUUGCGGUGGGUGAGCUGCCGGCGGAGGCGCAGCAAAUUGCGAUUGCCAAUGCGGCGGGUUGGCCCAGACCCAAGGAUCCACUGGCUAGCACCACUGCACAGCCAGCUGAUCUGUUCAAUGAUGGUCUUUCCGUCAUGCUUGAGGGAAAUAUCAGCACCACUAGCACAACAACAACCACAACUAGACAACCAAUUAUUGCACAUGCACCACCCAUAUUCCGUCCACUGCCCAGCAAUAAGCCACAGCACACGCGAAUAAACUCCAAGCUGGCCAAUCUGACAGUAAGCCCGCCCAUGGUAGUGGUCACUGGCAAAUACGGACAGCCAGUCACAUUUAGAACUAUACCCGGCAGAAGCACCACCACCAGCACCACCACAACAACAACAACAACAACAACAACCACAGCUAAACCUACAUCAACUUCAACAACCACGAGAGCGACCAGCACAACCACGCACAGGCCCACAACUACAACCACCAAAGCUAAGCCGAAAACGACAAGACGCACCACAACAACCACAAGCCAAGCAACAACAACAAGCAGCAGACCCACAACAACAACAACAACGCAGAAACCUAAAACCACCUUUAGACCCCAAAUCAAACAUAAACAACCACCGUACAUUAUCAGCACCACUAGCACCACCAGCACCACCACUGUACCGCUUAUUAUCAAAACAAAUCCGAGCAUUUUGGAAGCGGAACCUUUGGAUGACGGUGACAGCACGGCGCCCACAUUGCCGCCCAGCUUGCCUAAUCUAAAAAUCAUACCCUUUUUACCCACGGAUGCGGUGGAUUCAGCGCCGAAAAUCCAACCAUCGGAAAGCUUUAACAGCCACAGCUACUAUCAACAACCACUGGCUGCCGAUAAAAUGGGCAUUGAUUACGAUUCGCCCUACGCCGAGCCACCGCAACACCCCAACAGCUACAACAACCACAACGAUCAGGCUGCCUACAAAUACAAAUUCAAUGUGGAAGUACCGGCAGCAGUAGCACCACCCGAGCCGGUGGUGCAUGUGGGCGGCCAGUAUGAGGGCAGCUCUGGCUAUGUCAAGUAUGAUUUUAAGGAACAGGUGGUGCAACCGCCCGAGCACAGCGGUUUCUCACCACCCACCGAAACAGAGGGCGGCUUUAUGCCCAAGGAGCCGUUGGUAAUCGAUGGAGAAGUGCUCCAAGAGCAUGUGACAUCGAAUGUUCUUCUGAGCGAUACCUAUCAUGUCACACAGCAUAUUAUCGAUAUAACGACAGAACGGGAAGAUAACGACACCGCAUCAAUCGAGAUCACAACGCCAGAUCCCUUCAAAGAUGUAAUACACACGGAAAGACCGCCAGAUCUCGACACACUCAUCGAGGACAAACAGCAUAAGAAGCCAACGCAAGAGCAGCUGCAACAGCAACAGCAAGUUGAGAGUGUCACCUAUAGCAUCAGCAGCUCUUCCGGCUUCAAGGCAACAGCUGCAGCUACGCCAUCAACAACACCAACAGCACCAACAACAACAACAACCAUAAAAACUAAACAAACACCGCUGAUAGAUAAAAAUGAGAUCAGUAAACUGGAUGAGCUGCUGGAUGAGCUCCUGGGCAUGAACCUGCCCAGCCUGGCCCACAGUAGCAACAGUAGCACAGUGCCGCCUUUUAAGACAUUGCCAACGCGUUCAACCGAGCUGCCCAGCACAGAAACAGCAGCAACAAACGCAAAAGUAACUACGGCGACAAGCACUGCACGACCACUUGCCACGCCCACAGCAACACGUGGCCACAAAAAGGGAAAUAAAACGAAGCAGAAACCGUCAGGCAACAGACGCCAACAGCCAACGACAAUAACAACAAAGCCCGCCAGAUACAAAGGUCAAGCAGCCACGCGUCGAACUCCCGCCAGCAGCAGCAGCAACAGCAACAACAACGGCAACAACAGCAGCAACAGGAACAACUCAAUGGCCACCGCAGCGCAAACAAGUACCAAAACCAAAAACACGUCAUCAACUACGACGUCGACAACAACAACAACAACAACAACGGCUAAGCCGCACACAACAAUAAGCACAACAGCAACAACUGCAACCACAACAACAACAACAGCAGCAGCAACAUCAACAGCAGCAGCAGCAGUAGCAGCAACAAUUGCUUCCAGCACAGUGCAUCCAUUUUUAAUGUCACCGUUCGACAAAUUGCCCUUCAUGGACACCAGCUAUGAGGUAAGACCACACCAGCAGCAGCAGCAGCAGCAGCAACAGUUGCAGCUGUUAGCCGAGCAACAGCGACCGCAGCAAUUUCAUCAUUAUCAGCACGCGCCGAGCAGCAGCAGCAGCACAACAACAACAAUGGCAACACCAGCCGGAGCAGCAUCCGGAGCAGCAGAUGCCAAUUUGUCGGCUGGAGGGGGCGCGGGCGACGGCCUCAUGGAUCCCACGGGCAUGCUAAAAUUAGCCGGCUGCAACAUUUAUGGUCGCAUGUAUCGCGUUGGCCGCAUUAUAGUCGAAUUAUCCAAUCAAUGUCUGGAAUGCAAAUGCACCGAGGUGGGCGUCAAGUGCGGCCCAUUAGACUGUUAAUUUAAGCAAUGCUCCUGCAGCUACCCUCGCAUCUGUCUGUGUGCGUGUUUGUGUGUGUGUAUGUGUCUGUGUAUGUGUCUGAAUUUUAACCAGCGACAUUUUGCCCACUUUUGAUUUUAGCUGUUUACUUUUGCAUUUAACAUCUAGUUUUUAGCACGCAUAUUAGGCUUAAAGCUCUCUUUGGUAUAGUCGUCUAAUCGCAAAGGAUUUAAGUUAGUUGUAGUUUUAUGUAUUUACUUAAUAUUAAGUUGUAUUAUAGACAUAGCUAUGCGCUGCAACUAUUUUGAUCUAACCAAACUUGAACUUUCUUCAACGCAUUUAAAAUCUAAUAUUAUUAUUAUUUAAUAAUUUAAUUUUUAAUUUUAAAUUUAAGUAAUUAUUUGCCUUUAUCUACACGAAAAAUAAACUUAAUUGUCAUCAAUUUUAUUGAUAGCAAGAUCAUUUAUUUUCUCACA